AUGGGUAGCAUAUCAAACGAUGAAGACCUCGGUAGGCCACGAAUCUUGGAACUUUUUGAAGCAGCGAAGAGGGAAGGAAGGCCGCUGAAUGUCUCAGCGCCGAUGGUACGGUACAGCAAGCUUCCGUUCCGCCUUCUUGUCAGAGAAUACGGAGCAGACGUUACCUACGUACCCAUGAUGCUGGCCCAUGAGUUCAUUCGUUCCCCCAUCGCUCGAGACUCCGACUUCACAACGCACCCACUGGAGCGAGAACCAACAAGUGAUGGAAGGCAACACGCGCUCAUUGCCCAGUUCGCCUCUUCGGAUCCCGUUGAGUUCUCCCGGGCUGCUGAGUUGAUAUCACCGUGGGUCGAUGGAGUGGACUUGAACUGUGGCUGUCCACAAAGCUGGGCGAUCAAGGAAGGCAUCGGCUGCGGUCUGAUGGAGAAACCAGAGCUGAUCGCGAAUAUUGUCAAACUGGCAAAAGCUACUUUGUCGUCAGACAAGAGCGUGAGCUGCAAAAUAAGGAUUCACAAAGACAUCAACAAAACCAUUCAACUUGUUCAGAUGUUGCAAGAGGCUGGUGUGGACUUCAUCACCGUUCAUGGAAGAUUGAAACAUCAGCGUUCCAGCACGCCUCCGGACUACGAUGCGAUCAGAACCCUACGGCAAUAUAUCAGAGUUCCUUUGCUUGCCAAUGGUGACGCAUAUACACUGUCAGACGUUAACAACAUCGCCACACUAACAGGAGCCGAUGGAGUUAUGGCUGCCCGAGGAAUCUUGGAAAAUCCUGCAAUGUUCGCUGGCGACGACGUCACAAGCCCGGAGUGUAUCGUCGACUUCAUGAAGUGGGCGAUGCGAUGCCCCGUGCCCUUUGCCGUUGUGCUUCACCACGUGAUGGAGAUGUCAGCACGUAUGUCGGACAUGGACAAGAAGUCCAGGAAGAGAUUGCAGGACUCGCAGGACCUUCUUGAYCUCGGAGACUAUGUGGAAGCGCGAUGGGGCUUAGCCAGACGAUAA